ACACUGCACUUCUUCCACUAAAAGCGCCUUCACCCGUUAAAUGAAUAAACCCGUUAUCGGUAUUCAAAACACUUAAGUUAAACAUGCAUAAAAUGGCCAUCUUUGAAUUUACAUUAUAUAGGCCUAAUAAUGCCAUGCCCAAACCGCGUCUGCAUGCUCCAUCGUGAGCAAAAUGAUUUUGUCCCCCCCACACCAAACGUGAUCACGACAAGCAGGUUGAAAUAUCAAAACAAACACAGAACCAAUUAUAUUAAUUUGGGGACAGGUCGAAAAGCAUUAAACAUUUAUGACAAUUUAGGUAGCUAGCUUGCUGUUGCUAGAUGUGCUCAGUUUAGUAGUGAGCUUGUGCUAGAUGUGGCUAGUUAACAUAGCUUGCUAACCUAGCCAAUGAGGUGUGUGUGUGUGAAAGAAAGUCAUGUAAAUUAUGCUAGUUUACUACCCCUGAUAACUUUACCAAAUAAUCAUGUUUGAAGGAGUGUGAGUGUGUAUGUCAGACACAUAGUAAUAGAAAUGGUAGAUACUACUGUACCCCUGAUAAUUUGGUCAGAUAACCGUGUGUGUGUCUGUGUGUACAGUAGGUGACAUGUUCAUGAUAGCUAUCUAAUAACUAGAGUUAUGCUAGGUGAUGGUUUGGCUUAUCAUGUUCAUGUCUAUGUAGAAGAAGACUGUAGGAGGAAGUGGAGAGGACUCAGGGACAGGUAUCAGAGAGAGAAGGGCAGAGAAAGAGAAGAAGAGGUCUGGGUCAGCAACUUCAGGCCAGCAACCUUGGCGCUUCUGCUACAUUCUUUCUUUUCUGGAUCCAUUUAUUGUGCCUAUGGCAACGAGUGGCAAUUUUACAGCCAGACCCUCUAUUACGUCAUCCACAAGUGUUGUCGCCACCGGUGCAUCAAGACCCUCAACGUCACCUACAACGUUGACAUCAUCCACAAGUAUGACCUCCACCGGUGCAGAGAGGUCUACAACGUCUACAUCAUUCACAAGUAUGACUACCACCGGUGCAGAGAGGUCUACAACGUCUACAUCAUUCACAAGUAUGACUACCACCGGUGCAGAGAGGUCUACAACGUCUACAUCAUUCACAAGUAUGACCUCCACCGGUGCAGAGAGGUAUACAACGUCUACAUCAUCCACAAGUAUGACCACCACCGGUGCAGAGAGGUAUACAACGUCUACAUCAUCCACAAGUAUGACCUCCACCGGUGCAGAGAGGUAUACAACGUCUACAUCAUCCACAAGUAUGACCUCCACCGGUGCAGAGAGGUCUACAACGUCUACAUCAUUCACAAGUAUGACCUCCACCGGUGCAGAGAGGUCUACAACGUCUACAUCAUUCACAAGUAUGACCUCCACCGGUGCAGAGAGGUCUACAACGUCGACAUCAUCCACAAGUAUGACCUCCACCGGUGCAGCCAUGGAGGAUGAUGAAAUGGAGGAAGCACCUCUGGAUCUAGGACCACCUGAGAUGAUUAUGAACCUCACAGAAGUGACCACUGAGGACCUCGUUGAACAGGAUGUGGCCGUGGAGACAAAUGAGGAGAGAAACGAAGAGGAACAACGUCACACCAGGUGUCAUCGGAGGCACCAGCCCCCAGAUCCACUCAACUCAUUUCAGCAGAGGCUCCUCCAAGCCGUCGAGAGGGAUGCAGCCCAACCUGAUGCUCACAGGAAGGAGGAUGAAGAGACCCUCUUUACCAUGAGCCUGGUGCCAAUACUGAAGAGGCUGCCUCAGCAAAGAAAAGCAACAGUUGAGGUUAAAAUGUAUCAUGUAUUGCUUUUCUAAGCCAAGUUCAAUGGUACAUUUUAAUUUAUUUUUUACAUCACAGGUAGUGUCAUAAGUGUUGCGACAGUGAAGUAAAGUAGGUCAUUUUUACAGUAUACUCAUGUAGGCUAAUUGGUAUUUCAGAUCAAAGUAUUAAUAUGAGGCAAAUGUAUAGCCGUUGUUUCUGGGUUAGAAAAUAUCCUAAAACAGUUUGCCGUCUAAAACAUUUGCCUGUCAUAUUCAUCUUUUGAUCUGAAAUACAAAUUCCAUGAGUAAACAGCAAGUAUUACCAACUUUACCACACUGUUCCUAUAUUUAUGCCACUAAUGACACUAUACAAGCAGUAUUUAGUUAACAUAAAUCUCACCUUUUAUGGUGUCAUAUUAUGUUAAGCUUGUAUGUGUUGUUUUUCUCUUCCCUUCCAGAGAUGGAGUCCAUUUAGCCGACCAGCUCACAGGAAGGACAGGAAGAGGAGAGGAGUUGCCGGGUCGACCAGCUCACAGGAAGGACAGGAAGAGGAGAGGAGUUGCCGGGGCCGACCAGCUCACAGGAAGGACAGGAAGAGGAUAGGAGUUGCCGGGGCCGACCAGCUCACAGGAAGGACAGGAAGAGGAGAGGAGUUGCCGGGGCCGACCAGCUCACAGGAAGGACAUGAAGAGGAGAGGAGUUGCCGGGGCCGACCAGCUCACAGGAAGGACAGGAAGAGGAGAGGAGUUGCCGGGGCCGACCAGCUCACAGGAAGGACAGGAAGAGGAGUUGUCUGGUUGUUGUUUUGACCUCCCUCAGGGUACCUUUCUUUUCACACACGUCAUUUCCGUUUAAAUUCAGUCAAUUCAUAAAGUAAUUUGUUUCUAAAGUCUUAGGAUAGCAUUCAUUAUUAGUGUUCCGUAGAUUUCUGAAUUGAAACUCAUAUACCGGAGAAUUCACAGAUGCACUUGUUGGUCUCUUACGAGACUAAAGGUGAAUAUAUUUAUUUAAUUUAAAAGCACUUGAAAACCAGGGUGUUGAAACGUUUUGUGAAGUUAUGUUCCAUCAACCGGUCCGUGACGUCCAGGGGCCAUUUGUUUGUUUAGCUGUGUUAUGGGUACAUAUUUUCUUUUUUUUCCAGAAACAGACAGACACACACACACACACACACACACACACCUCUCCUCCACUCCUCUCUGAAACCUCAGAUCUCCAGUGGUGCCCUGUCCUCUCGCUCUUUAUGGCCAUGUCUGAGGUUCCCCUACUACGUCUAGGCUUAUGAGUAGUCCCUGUAUCUGUCUGCAGUUGUGCCAAAGAUACAUGCUCUUGUUGUUCUCUUACAGAUUACAGGCUACACAUUCAGCCAACUUGACACAACUGUGGGAAGCAUUGGUGAGCUUGUGUAGUAAAUAGUUAAUAUUGUCGAUCACCAGACUUGAUUUAUUUAUUAUGGCAAUUCUCUCUCCCUGCAAUUUGACGUUUGCACUACACCCAAUCCUAUAGCGGAACAGAAGAUCAGCAAUCUGUUCACUAGCGCACCUGACCGGUGUUGAUUCAGUUUGCUGGUCCAUCCAGAGGGCCGAGUGUGCGUUUCACUAGCCAAUCUGUUGCACUUUUUCUUGCAAGGGUAAUGUUGGGGCUACGGUCUCUGCCUGAGUGGAGAGUAAUCCAUGGACUCUGUGCCACAAAAUAAGUGACAAAAUGUUGCAAAACAUGGCCAGAUAAUUUCAAGUCAUCAGUCUUAAAUCAAAGUUGAGUCCUGAAUCUUAAGACUUCAAGUCAAGUCUCAAGUUGUUUUUUUAAACAUUUUUUAUUGAACAUUUAUUUAACUAGGCAAGUCAAUUAAGAACAAAUUCUUAUUUACAAUCACGUCUUACCCUGGCCCAACCAUAACAGCGUUGGGCCAAUUGGACUCCCAAUCACAACCGGUUGUGAUACAGCCUGGAAUCAAACCAGGGUCUGUAGUGACGCCUCUAGCACUGAGAUGCAGUGCCUUAGACUGCUGUGCUUACUCGGGAGCCCAAAUCGGGAGCCUGAAUCUAUCAAGUCAUCAAAUUUGUGACGAGUCAGACUCAAGUCCAAGUCAAGUCAUGUAACUAGAGUCCACAGCCUCUGCUGACUUGUGGUCAGACUUCCUUUAGGCAGAACAAACUUAAACUUACACCUUAUUCAAAGCUGAUUUGAAUGUCAUUGGGAAAACAGAAGGUGUCAUAUUUUUCUCUUCUUCUCACAAACAUCCUUUCUGAAUUUAAAAGUAAUCCUAGAAGUAAUCAUCUAGUUUUUCAAAAGUAUCUCUAAUGUGAUUACAAUAUUUUAGCUGGUAACAUAACAGAUUACAGUUAGUUUUUCUGUAAUCCAUUACAUGUAACAGAUUUUUGUUUAAAUUUCUUUUACUUUUUUAUUAUUAACCCCUCCACCACCCCCAUCUUCGGGGGACAAAUAUCUUAGUUUUUUGCAGCUUUUUUGCUACAUAUACAUACAUUUCUGAAAUAAAACUGAAAUUGUAACCAGCUUUGUAUGGCUUGUUUAAAAAAGGGUGAUGCUUUAAACAAACUUUCAUUUUCAAUUAGUCGGAAAUGAAACGUUGUAAUCUGUAUGAAGGCAAAAAGGCCAUUUUUGAACAAAGGAUAAUCCACUGGAGAACCAUUUUUGGUUUAAGUAUAAUUUAUGUAUGAGUGAAGCUUUUAGUGAAAGGUUUAAAGCUUUAAUAUUGAAUCAUUUUAGCCCCCCAAGUGAUCAAAACAAUCCUGAAGCGUGGAAAACAAUCCUGAAGCGUGGAUUCCGAUUGGUCAGACCAGCAUUGAAUAGUACGAAGCACGGGCACUUCCUGUUUGAGUUUCUGCCUAUAGGACCGGAGGAGCAAGAUGGAGUCGUGGUCAGAUUUGCCAAAUGGAGGGCGGGGGAGGGCCUUGUAAGCAUUCCGGAAGUUUGAAUUGAAAUGGUCGAGAGUCUUAGUAGCGCGAGUAGGACAGUCAAUAUGUUGAUAGAACUUCGGCAGCCUCGUCCUCGAAAUUUCUUUGUUAAAAUACCCAGCUACAAUAAAUGCAGCCUCAGGAUAUGUGAUUUCCAGUUUUCAUAAAGUCCAGUGAAGUUUUUUGAGGGCCGUCAAGGUUUCGGCUUGAGGUGGGAUGAAAAAUGUUUGGCGAUGACGAUAGCCAUUUAAUUGUGAGCUAUUCUAGGUCGGGUGAACAAAAUGUCUUGAGUUCCUGUAUGUUCACAGAAUUACACCAUGAGUCAUUAAUCAUGAAACACAGCCCUCCGCCCUUCUGCUUCCCAGAGAGAUAUUUAUUCCUGUCUGCGUGAUGUACUGAGAAUCAGAGAUGUUGUCAGGGUCCACAUAGUCUCUAUCCAGGAACUUGGUGUCUAAUUGCCAGGAACUUUGUCCUGUAGUUAACCUUCCCAAUGACCUUCAGAACCAUGAGUUCACCUGUCAUGUGUUGGUCCAGAUUAUAUCCCAAGUAUGUAAUGCAGCAUUUCUCCUUCACCACUAGACCAUUACACUUGACUGAGAAGUUGGAAGAGUUUCUCACUUGUGUUUGGAACCAAACAGGAUACAUUCUGUCUUGCCUAAAUGCAUAGACAGUUUGUUGUCGGAUACUGACUUUAGUCAAUUCAGUGCUUAGGGUCUUUUCAAUGGUCUCCUUAUUAUUUUGUGAAACCAAUCAUCCACAUACUGGAACAGAGGGCAUGAACAAACUGAAUCCAUGUCAUUUAUGUAGAGCAAGAUUAAGAGUUGAUCCUGUUACAAAAAGAAGAAUCUCACCCAGUCAUAACACGUGGUAUCCAGUAUAGCAUAAAAGCCCCACAGGGAACAAAACAGCAAAACAAAGACACAAAAAGCAUACAAAUAAAGUGGAAAGACAGGAUUAAAGUUGCUGCUGGUAUCAAUACAACCGGAGGAGAAAGUUAUGCGAGCCAACGUUGGGUAGCAUGGUGGUUUCAUUCGAUGGCCACAUCAACUUUGAUAAAAUAAUAUGGUCUAUAGGCUUCUUAACCUCUAAGAGAAAACAUAUUGGGAUAUCAAUAAAGCUACCAAAUAACUAGAAAAAUGCAGAAGUUCCAGAAAUAGAAUGGCACUACUUAUUUAGCUUGCUUCUAACCAGAUCAGUAGAGCUGUUAAUAAUGCUUAAGAGUAUAAGACGAAUAGCACAUUCAUGAAUGGCAAAUAAAAUUGUUUUAAAAAAAGACAUCAAAAGGAAUAAGGUUUUAAAAUGUCUGUCCUAUUUCUAGAUCAGGCCCUACACCCAAACAAGGGCACUGCGUUCAUCCACCUCUGGCCUGCUCGCCUCCCUACCACUGAGGAAGUACAGUUCCCGCUCAGCCCAGUCAAAACUGUUCGCUGCUCUGGCCCCCCAAUGGUGGAACAAACUCCCUCACGACGCCAGGACAGCGGAGUCAAUCACCACCUUCCGGAGACACCUGAAACCCCACCUCUUUAAGGAAUACCUAGGAUAGGAUAAAGUAAUC